CGCGCGCGCGGGAAGGUUCAGUCAGCGCCGCGCACUGACAGGGGGGGCUGUGCGGGCCGGGGGCAGCGCCGCGCCGCUGCCGCCACAUCGGCCCCUCAGCGAGCUGCCAGCGCUCCGCCGCAGGUAAGAUUCCUUCCAUUUGAAUUUGAAGAUGCCGCUCUUUGGGAAUAUUGUUGUAAUUAAACGGAAUGGGACUGAUGGAAUUAGUUUUCCACUCACUGCAAGUUCUUGUUUAUUUGGAAGGAGAACAGAAUGUGAUAUUCGCAUCCAGUUGCCUCAGGUCUCGAAAGAACAUUGUAAAAUUGAAGUAAAUGAAAACAAGGAGGCAAUAUUGACUAAUUUAAGUACAGUAAAUCCUACGCAGCUGAAUGGUGGUUGUUUUCAGCAACCUGUACCUCUGAAGCAUGGAGAUGUGUUAACUAUUAUUGAUCGUUCUUUCAGAUUUGAAUAUCCUCUCCAAUCAACUCCAAGAAAGAGACGUUCUAGAUCUCCAAAAGAUGAAACACUGCAGGUUCUUCAUGUUCAGCAGGUGGCAGAAGUGGAAUUACUACGCAAACAAACUUCAGGAUCUAAAAGUCUUCAUAUUUCAGAUAAUGCUGAGUGUGAAGAAAAAAAUGCCAAUGAAAACAAACAAAGUACAGAGGAAAAUAUUUCCAAAACUUUACCCGUCAAACUACAAACACCCAAAUCUUCACACAGAAUACAUCAAUCUAGUAAGAAGCAAAAUGAAAUGUCUCCCUUUAGUAAACUCUAUGAAAAACUGAAACAUGAGAUAACAGUGAAAAAAUCUCUGCAAGAGGGAAAUAUAUCUCAACGAGCUGCAAAAGAAGAUGGUAAGAGUGUUCUGCUAGAACCAAAUGCUCGAAUUUCAUCAUCAAGUUUUGUUUAUGACGUGGGAAGCCUGACUAAAGAAAAAGAAAUAGGCAGAAGUGAAAAUGUUGAAGAAUGUAAAAUAACAAUAAAGCAAGAAGUGAUCAGUUCAGAAUGUAACCAGAUCUCAGCUGUAGGAAGUGCUACCAAGAGGAGUUUUGCCAGAAGUCCUCGAACUUCAGUUUCAAAGGAGGUGUCCAGAGAUGUUGGUAAAAGAAGCCACUUGCAGGAUCAUAAGGAACUAAGUACAGCAGGCAAAUCUAAAGGUAUUGAAGUUACAACCAAACCCAGUAAGGAGGAUGAUGGAAAUGCAGCAUUUUCACAGAAGCCGUGCUCUAUAGAAUGCUUGGAUUAUGCAGAUCAAAUGAAAAUAUACAGCUCUGCAAUAGCAGUAGAUAAACUAACACAAACAACUAACACAACAAAUGUUUCUGAAGUAGAUAAAUAUGUUCUGUCUAUACCAACGCCCAGGAGGAAGAGUCCUCGGUCUCAUUUCCUAUCACCGAGCAAAGAAAUUAGUGGAAUGAAUCCUGUAAAUACUGAUACUCCAACAACUGGACGCCGUGUGUCACUGAAACAUAAGUCUCUUUCAGAAAUUUCAGCCGAAACUCAAAGGGAAGAUUCAGUGUUCAGAAAUGAUAGCCUCAAACAACUGCCUUUGGCAGAAAAUAAAUGCUUAAAGCAAAGACGAAAUAGUAAACAACAUACCCCAGGGAAACCUUUAAAAGCAGAGGUGCUGAAAGAAAUUUGUGAUCAGGCAAACUUUGUUAACUCGCAAGAGGGACGUUCUGAAACUCCUGCCUCUUUUUCAAAUUCCAAGAGUCCCAGAAGAAAUGACAGGCAAAGUAAAGAAUUAUCAAACAAAAGUGUCCAUCCAGAGACACUGGCUUUAGAAGAGUUGGCCUCAGAACUGGCAUCUCCUGCUGGUCAGAAAUCUGACUCUGGAAGGAAAAGGGGUAGGCCCAGGACCUCUGGACUGCUGACUGAAAAAGCAUUAGAGACAAAUGCCAUUGAAGAAAAUCACGAUAAGACGACAGACAGAAAGGACAGUGGAACUGAAGAAGAGCUGGCCACAAAGGGGAAUCACCAGAAACAAGGUUUGGAAGAUGCCAGUGUUAUGAGACCUCGUAGAUUGUCAUCCAAGAGGAGGUCUUCUGGAAGUGCUACUGUACUGAAAGACAAUGAGGCUGUCUCAGAAGUGAAUAUUUCUGGCCUCUUGGCUGAAGAAGAGUCAGGUAAGACAAAAGGGAUAUCUGAGAAGAGGAAAAGCGGUGACUUGUUACUUCAGCCUUUAGGAAAAAGAAAGAGAGUGUCUUUUGGUGGUCAUCUAAGUCCGGAACUUUUUGAUAAAAGUUUGCCUCCCAACUCACCCCUUAAAAGAGGUGCGAUUCCUGCAAGACUGAGUUUACCCUUUGGAAAUUCACCACGUGCGGUUCUGAAAAAGGCUCAGGGAUUGAAGCGCUUUGCAGUCCAGGAACUUUCUGAACAUUUGCAGAAAGAAAAAAUGUCACCAAAAAAUUUGCCAAGCCAGAAGUCCCCAGCUGCCUCAUCCCCUGCCUCUGGGAAGGCAACACCUAAAUUUACUUUAGGUUCUCCAGCACCUUACACAAAAGGACGUUUCUCUAUAUCUCACAUCACAACACCAUUACCAAUUGCAGAAGAGAAGGAUGCUCUUGCAGAAGACAUGAAUAUGAAGGAGAAAAAUGGUGCCCAAGUGAAAACACCUGAAUCUUCUCACAUUAACCAAGAUGAUAAAACCUUUUCAACAGCUACACCUGACAAAUUAACAAGAAGUGCACAACUCGCUCUGAAGGUCACUCCCAUGAAGAGGAGAAGUGGGUCUGUAGCAGUUAUCAAUGCAAAAAGGAGAAGUGGUGCCUCUAGUGCCAAUUUACUAGUUGCAAAAUCUUGGGCAGAAGUGGUGAAAUUAGGUGUUGCAAGACCACAGUCAAAGACUGUUAAAAAAAGCGUCCAAAAAGGAAGACACGUAAAGAAGAUAACUCAAUCACCAAAGACUCCAGUAAGAAAAAUAAAAGGUCAUUUUAGUACAGGUCAUGCAGAGUCACCUGCUACAAUAGUUGUAGGUAGAGCUUAUUCAACCACAGUCAGAACGGCCGGACGGGUGCCUAAAGUGGUAAAAAAUCCUAUCUUAAAGCUAAACAUGAAUAUGGACGAAAGCUUCACAGGAAUGACUGAAAUGUUCCAAACUCCAGAAAAUAAGAGUGGAAAAACAUUACCUUUGGCCACUGUUCAGAAGAUUGAUUUUACACCAACAUGUACUGCAGUGGAAAUUUCUGAAUUGCAGACUCCUGAAGAAUCUGGAGAGAUGAUGGUGUCACCAUUAAAUAGUUCAGAUGCUUCAGAACAGACACAAGAUAAUCCAGGCAUUUGUCACUUUCUGAGAGAGGAAGAGUCUCUAAAGUCUAUGUUUGAUGCAAUACCCACAAAAACUCCUGAAAACAGAAAAGUUACACUGGAAGAAAAUAUUAGUGUGGAUAGUUUGUCAGUAAUUCCAGAUAAACAAGCAUCUCGGAUUAAAUCAAGAAGUAAAAGGAGGACUCCAAAGCAGAAGUCAGAGCCUGUGGAGGCCUUGUCAGGCAUCAAGCAGCUUUUGAGGACCCCAAAGCAAAGGUCAGAACCAGUAGAAACCUUGUUGGGUGUCAAGGAGCUCAUGAAGACCCCGAAGCAGAAGUCAGAGCCUGUGGAGGCCUUGUCAGGCAUCAAGCAGCUUUUGAGGACCCCAAAGCAAAGGUCAGAACCAGUAGAAACCUUGUUGGGUGUCAAGGAGCUCAUGAAGACCCCGAAGCAGAAGUCAGAGCCUGUGGAGGCCUUGUCAGGCAUCAAGCAGCUUUUGAGGACCCCAAAGCAAAGGUCAGAACCAGUAGAAACCUUGUCGGGUGUCAAGGAGCUCAUGAAGACCCCGAAGCAGAAGUCAGAGCCUGUGGAGGCCUUGUCAGGCAUCAAGCAUCUCCUGAAGACACCAGAGCAAAAGUCUGAGCCAGUCGAGGUCCUAUCAGGCAUCAAGCAGCUCAUGAGGACCCCGCAGCAGAAGCCAGAACCAGUUGAAGUCCUGUCAGGCAUCAAGCGGCUCAUGAGGACCCCACCGCAAGAGUUGGAACCUGUUUCAGAUGAAAUUGCCUUUAAAAGAUUGCUGAAGACUCCAGUACAACAAAGGGAAGCAGUAAAAGAUGUGGCAGGUGUUACUUUAAUCAAGAAAACUCCAAAGCUGAAAUAUCAACCAGUAGAAGACAUGAUUGGGGUUAGCCGUAUUUUCAAGUCACCAAAGGAAAAAGUUGAACCCAUAGAAGAUAUGUUUGGUAUUAGCAGAUUAGUGAAGACUCCGAGAGAGAAGUAUCAACCAGUUGAUGAUUUUGUGGGUCUGCAAAAGCUUAUGGCAGAACCCAGGCAGAAAUGUUCCGAUUUUGAAGUGGACUAUGUUGGAGUUAAGGAAAUGUUUGGUAUACCAGAGGAAGUGAAGGUCAGAUCAGUAAAUGCUAUGGAUUCUAAGCAAAAAGAUACUGCACCUCCUUGUACUAAUUCCAGUCACAACUAUGAAGAUAAAGGCAAUACUUCACAAGAUGAAGAUUCUCAACAGAAGGAAUCUACUAGUGAAGACCAGUCUACCCAGAGAUCAACAAGGGGCAGAUCAAGGAAGACAGUACAUCCUGCUUCAGCAAAGCAGUGUGACAAGAACUUGAAUUUAAAAGAAUUGCAAGGUGUGGAAAACAAGAGCGCCCAAGAGGAGAUGGGACAGAUCAGUACUUCAGUAGCUAAAAACAAAGCAAGAGGAAGGAGAACAAACCGUUGCAUACAAGAAGAGAUUGUUUCAAAGCACCCUGAUCAAGAAAAAGUUGAAACUCUUUUGUUUGUGGAACCAGGUGGAGCUACUCAAAGACCAGGAAGAGGUAAAAGAAAAGAACUGAAGGAGUUAAAACCUCCAAGUGUGAAUCUUGAGUCUUGUGGCAAAGAUUCUUCAGUUCAACGAGAAAAACCUGCAAAUAUGGAACAGACUUUGCAGGCAUAUGGCAUCAAUGACAUAUUAGAAACUGAAGAUGAUGCAACAGUAAGUGUAUCGAGUAGCAUUCAAAAUGAAAACUGUCAACUGCAAACAGGUUUAAAAAAACCUGAAAACAAAUCUAAUGAAGGUGGUGUAAAAGACAGUGAAGAAAUGCUUCUGUCACCUAGGAAGAGGUCUAGAGGAGCAAAAAAAGAAAACACAGAACCACUUAUUCCACCUAAAAGAGGAAGAAGAGCUAGAAUUGACCAAGGUAAACAAGCUUCUUCAGAGGACCUUCAUGGGACAACAAGAAAGCUUCGUAAAGACCCAUCAGCAAAGAUGAUACAGAGAGAUGAACAGAGUUUAGACAAAAAUACUGAGACUGCCAUAGCAGAAGAAUCUGAAAACAGAACUAAACUUGAAGUAAAGAUGACAGAGAAAAGAGUUAAGUCUUUAAGAAGUGCUAGAAAGCACUCAACUGAAGUAAAAGCAGACAUUUGUGGGAUGGCACUUGAAAAUAUACAAAACAUUCAGAAAACCAAGGAAACUUCACCUGAAAGGGAUACUGAAACACAAUCACACAUCAAAAGCGAGAUUAAAGUAUCUCAGGGAGAUGGAACAGAAAAUGCUCAGGAAAAUACAACAGAGGCAUCUCAAAGAUUAAAGGCAGAAUCACCUUCUGGAGAGACAAACAAAAUGCCAGUUACUGCUCUGAACUUGGAAGCAAACAGCAGUGCAGUUCAAGAAACAAGCAGAACUAGAAACAGGAGAGGCAAAAAUGACUCUUUGGAGAAAAAGACUGAUGAAUUUGCCAAAGAUGUAAACAAACUAGAAUUAAUUCCUCCCAAAUUUAAGUCAGAAACAGAAAUGGAUGAAUCUUCUCUCAAAGAUUCUUUGGGCUCUGUUUGUGUCGAGAAUACGUACCAAGUCACAAAGGACCAGAACAACCCAACUGGCACAUCAAUACGUGCUGCAAACAGUGACAGUCUUCCACGUAGCCAUCCAAAGCGGACAAGAAACGAACAGGGAAUACUUAAAGCAAAGCAAACUGAAAUCCUGCAGGAGAAUCAAGCGCAAAACAGUGGAACUGCAUGUAGAAGAGGUAGAGGUAGAAAAGCUAAUUUUGAACUUGAAGAAGCCAGUUCCAAAGCGAGUGGAGGAAAAAGUAGUUUACCUGAGGAUGACAAAGGAAUAACUUGCAAAGAUGGUCAACAUGAGGCUUCAGAAAAUCCUUCUUCACAAGUAAGGAGGAGCAGAAGAAAGCAAACUGAUUCCAUUCCACAAAUAGCUUGUUCUACCUUUACAGAAAAACAAACGUUAAUUGCAGAUCAUAGUAAAGAUGAGGCUUCUGUAAAAGAGCAAGAUUCAGCUUUGGAAGCUACUCCCUCUUCAACAGAAGACAAUCCACAGGGACGAGGGAAAAGACAAGAGGUUGCUGCAGCAUCACAAACAUCUAGAUCUCUUUCUAUCGGAAAAAGACGUGGGUUGCUAGAAGGUGAUGAAAAAAAGACGACUGAGCGAGAAGAUCAAAAUCCAGCUUUGGGAAAUAAAACUUUGCAGGCAAAAGCAAAUGCAUCAGCAAGGGACAAAAGGAAAAAGAUUGAUCUAGCAGCGGAGGCAAAAAGUUCAUCUUCUCUCCAGAGAAAACGUGGCUUGUCAGAAACUGAUGAUAAAGAGGAGAGUACUAAUGAAGAACAAAAUAUGCCUUUGGAAACAGUGUCCUGUACAAAAGAGAAGCCAUUAGGAAGGGGCAGAAGGAAAGAAACUGUUCUGGCAUCACACACAACUAAUUACAUUUCUCUUAGAGGAAAACGUGGUUUGCCAGCAGAUAAUGGUAGAGAAGAAGCUCCUAAAGAAGAUCAAAAUGUUCCAAAUCAACGGAGAAAAGGCAGAAGAAAAGAAAUUGCCCUCUUAGAAGCCCCAAGUUCUACUUCUAGUCAGGGAAAACAGGGCUUAUCAAAAGAAAGUAGUAGAAAGAAUAACGAUGGGGAAGCAAAAAAGCUGAUUUUGGAAAAUUCUGCUUCCCAAGAAAAAAGGGAUCCUUCAAAAGAGAACUCGAGGCAAACAAUCACUUCAGCAGCUGUUACUUCCACCUCACUUCAAGGUUUGCCAGAAGAUGGUAAGAAUGAAACUCCUGAAGAACAACAGAGUAUACCUUUGGAAGUAGCUCUAUCUGCAAAAGAAAAUCCAUCAAGAGUGGGCAGAAGGAAAACAACUUCUUCCAAAUCUGAAGAAACUAGUUCUACUUUUCUCAGGGAAAAACCUGGCUUGCCCAAAGAUAGAGGUCAAAAGAGGAUUCUUAAAGUAGAAGAAGAUGCAUCUCUAGAAAAUAAUUCAUCCCAGGAAAAAACAAGGCAAUUGAGGAGUACAAGGAAAAGGGUACAAUUCACAUCAGAGGCAGCUGCUACUACUUCUCUCCAUAAAAACGGUGACUUGCCAGGAAAUGUUAACACUUUAGAAACUCAAAAUGGGUGUUUGGCGUCCACUGGUUCUGAAAAAAAUAAUCAGUCUGGAAAAGAAGAGGCUAACCCUGUACAACAGGCAACUUCCACUUCUCGCAGAAGAAAAUGUCUGUUGCCAGCAGAUAACUUAGCAUCCAAAAGGUUAAAAUCAGAGAAUGAUGAAAAUAGAUCACUCCAAAAAGGAAAAAGAAACAAAUCUAAAGAAGAACUUGGUGAAGAGGAUGUAAGAGCUACUUGGACUGCUGGUGGGACAGACAGGAAGACACGAUCAAGCACAAGAACAAGUGCAAGAACAAGAAAAUAGUCUUAACAGGCACAGAAACAGUUUUUAAAUCAAUUCAGUAACUGAAAUUGCAGGUUUUUAAUGUGAAUUGAUUUGCACUCAGAUUUUUAAGCUUAGAUUUUGUAAAGCAAUCACUGAAUUAUGUUAUUAUCAAAUUGUAUUUCUUAAUUGUUUACAGAUACAGCAUUGGUAUCUGUUUUAAUAGAUUUGUCUAUGUGUAGUGGUUCCUAAACCAUGGGGUGCUUGUGCAAAACUGCAAACAUAAGUCUAAAUCUUUUUAAAACAGUAUUUAUCCUUUUUCUGUUGAUCAGUAAGUACAGCAGUCAGGAAGCCAUAUUGCUUUACUGCCAAGUUUAAUUGUAAGCUAUUUUCUGCUUAAAUUUUUAUGUGCUUAAGUCUUAUUUUUCAUUACAGUUCUGUAAAUAUUCUUUAAAAAACUAUAGAUGUAUUAGCAGAACUAUUAUGCUGAAAUUUUGAUAAUUUUUUUAAAAAAAACCACCUUAAGUUCAUUGUACUGAAAAGUGCAGAUUUGUAAGUGA